AGAUUGGAAAUAGAACAAUCUCCAUCGAACAAACACCUAAGACGACUGGCUUCUAGCCUUGAAGAUAAAGAUUGUCGGGAAUUGUUGAUAAGACUUGGAUUAGACACAAUAGUAUUGAACAAUGUACAAGAGAAAUUUUCUCCCUCCGCUUUUCAUGAAAAUGACUACAAAUAAACAGCCAUGUUAAGAUGGAAAGGUAGUGUGACUGAUUCUUCCUUCAAGACCAUUGAAGAUGCGUUUGGUGAAAUUGACAAACACUUACUUUGUGAGGUUAUUAGAGAUGUAAAUGUAGAUGACGUACUGAGGAAGUUUAGUAUUCUAGAAGACCAAGCAAACAAAACACCUACGAGCACUACAUUACAGGAACUGUCCAAUCAUAUAGGAAAUAGCGGCAUACAGCUAGGAGUAGAACUUGGAUUGCACAGUGCUGAGAUUGAAGGAAUUCAGAACGAUCACAGCUGUAAAUUGUUACAUCAGAAUAAAGAAAUAUUACGAGUUUGGAGCCAAACAAAAUUUCCUAUGCCAACAGUUAAAGAACUGGUUAAAGCUUUACAAAGAAUUGGCAAAAUUGAUUGCCUGCGGGAAAUAUCAUUUUAAACAGUACAAGAUGAUCUUAAAAACCAUUCUCACAAUUUUUAAAUGUAGAUUAUAUAAGUUACACAAUACGAUAAAAUAAAUAACUCGCGGAAUGUCUUGUACGUGGUCAUGCUUUUCUUAGGCUGUGUAUGGCUUUUCCA